AUGACCGAUUCGACAUUGUUAACCGGUUUCACGACGACCUAUCAAUCAUUGUCAUCAAGGCACUAUCCGCUAUGCGAGGAGUUCUUUUGCGAUGUCUAUUUUACUCCGCAAAAGGUGAUAUCGAUUGGAAUAAUGCUUGGACGACUUCUAAUCGCAGUUUUGAUUCUCGUUUUAGGGACCAAGAUGGAGAAAGAUUUUAUGCGCUCAAUAUCGAACACAAUAUUCAUACCAAUUGUCGUGUCGGAAUUGUUCGCCAUCUACAUCGAAUGUGUGAAUUUUGCCGAUUUUUUCACAAAAUCCUCAAAAGAAUCGAAGGAAUUCCGAAGCGCCUACAUUCUUUGGACGCAAGGGUUUCUGUCCGUCAUGAACGACUACGUGCAUAUCAAUAUUGUGUGCAUGCUUCCGCUAUUGUUGUAUUGUGGACGAAUUGCGACACUUCCUGGCGAUCGCAUCAACGCGUUUCCGACAAAUAUGAUAUGCAUGGUCAUGCAAGUUGUGCCAUUCUUUGUCAGCAUUCUGAACUAUGUGCACACAACAAACGCCGCGACGGUGCUCGCAAUUCUCGCAGCCAUGUCAAGAAUAGUCACACUUGUUUGCUUUUCAGCCAUCCUCGUCCAAAUAUUUGUGUCGAUUGUUGUUUUAAUGCGCGAUUUGCCCUACGAGGCGGCGACAUCGGUGGACAUGCAGGUUCGAGAUGCGCGAUGUCGUUUGGCGUGGACACUCGCCUACAUCGCCAUCCCAUUCAUCACUCUAAUUCCAUUCAUUGUUGAGGCAAUAUUUUACGUUUUCGAUAUCCACGGAAAACCGAAUAGCGGCACGAGAUUGGCGAAGGUUAUAUGCGAUAUUCUCAUUGUCAUGGUCCAUUUCUAUCGUCCCACUUGGAUGGUGAUCAUCACAAUGGUAUUCCUGCCGCCGUAUCGCCGCGCGGUUCCCCUACUCUUCUGCUGUUGCUCGUUCUGCCCGAAAGUCGACGUCGAGCCGCUGCCUAGAAAACCGAACGAUAUGAGCCUUAUGUACAGAUAUGCCGAUAUUUGA